GCUAUUCAUUUGAGAGAGAGGGACAGAAAUCUUUCAUUUGGUCUCCGGCGCCAAAAGAUGCUUCAUUUGGGUUUCAUCUUCAGCUUAUGGAGUAUUUUGCUACCGGUUUCUGGGAAGUCUCACAGAUAUUUGCCUGGAGAUAAUGAUGUGACCCUCAUCUACUGAACAUCUGCCCACUUCUGUUUCAUCUGCACAUUUUUUCUUAUCCAUAGUCAAGUUUAGUUUUUACAUGAUGGGUGCCACAUUCAAGAAGUUUUGUGUGCAUUUCUGCUGCUGUUGUUGCUGUGAGGAUGACGAUGAGGAAGAAAAGAGACCUUUAAUUAGUAAUGAGACAUUAGAAUAUUUUGACCGUGAGGCAAAAAAGAGGCGGGACCAGGAGACCAACCUGUGGAAUGAACCGGGUGACACCUCCCACUCUGAGAGAGAUGAUGACCGGACCCUUUAUAACCUGCUGCAGUCCAGGGCACAAACCCGCAGAGGAUCACAGGGCUACCGGCGUUUGAGCAUUGAUAUUGAGGCCAUGAGAGAAGUGAGGAGAGAGGUGCGAGAUAAAUGGAAGAUGAUCUUAGAGAAUCUGGGAUUUAUGGCCGAAGCAGAGUCUCUGUUGACUGUAUCUGCCACUGCAUCAUAUGACCGCAUGAGAAAUGCAGCGACUGCACGAACUCUCCUCCAGACCCUCCACACUGAGACAUCCCUAUUCAACAGCAAAGAGCCUCCACCCGAGAGAUACCUUUUUAUACUGGAUCGGCUCAUUUAUCUGGAUGCCGCUGAUGAUUUUGUGGCCAAGGCCCGUCGCUUCUACCCUCCUAAAGACGAGGAUGAUGACGAUGAAGAACAGACCAGUGCAAUAAAUCUUCCUCUUCUGCUGUCCCGUAUGAACCAGAACAUCUCUGGAGGCGAGGAAGAGGAGGAUGGACCGGAGGACUAACUCUGAUUGGGUUGAGUUUGUGCUUGAAAAUCAAACAGAUGGUUUCUGUAGGUCAGUAAAGUUGGACUGAUGUUGGCUCAGGUCUGGGUGAGAGAAGAUGAUGAAGAUGACUUUUGCACAGGUGUAACAUUAUAUUAUAAAAAUGCUUUGAUGAGAAAGCAGUGGAGUCUUCUGGAGAAUUAUCACAACACCUGGCAUCUUAUGUAUACAGUAACUAUGAAUAUAUAGGAUGGAUAGGGAGAUCAAUGGGAAAUUGAGGAUUACAGACGUAUGUUGAUAAAGAAGUGAAUAUUAAUACAGAGUAUAAGAUGGUCAUAAGUGAAUUUCAAUAAAACUUUGUGUUCUCGG